AUGUCUAUAGCAACAUUAUUAUCUUCUAUUCAACAAUUGUUUCGAAUUGGUGGUCCCAUAUUAUUAUUUAUUGGUAUUACAAGUUGUAUACUAAAUUUGUUAGUACUAAGAAGAAUUAGUCUACGGAAAAGUCCAUGCACAAUCUGUUUAGUUGCUGUUAAUAUUGUCAAUUUGGCCUAUUUGUUUUUUGGUUUCCUUUUUGCGGUAUUUUUAGUCGGUUAUAAUAGCGAUCCUAGUACAAGCAGUAUUAUUUUCUGUCGAUUUCGUAAUUAUAUGAGCUUUAUUCUUACAUGCUGUGAACCAUCUUGUCUUAUUUUGGCAUCCAUUGAUCGUGUAUUAGUUACUUCACCAAAUGCUGGAACUCGAAGACGCAGUACACGUCGAUUAACAAUCAUAAGCAUGAUUGGUAUAUGUUCAUUCUGGGCUAUAUUUCAUAUUCAUACAUUGAUUUUUAUACAAAUUGUACAAUAUGGAACUAACUACUUUGUUUGUAUCUAUCAACCAGGUGCAUACACUACAUUCAUAUCAUACUAUUCACUUGUUGUUACUGGAUGUCUUCCACCUACACUCAUGGCAAUAUUUGGCUGUUGGACAGUGAAAAAUAUUCGUCAAGUACGUCGUGUUAGACAUAAUGCUAGUACAAGAACUACUGCAACUGUAGUAGUAGUUGGUGGAGCACAUACUCUUCAAUCCAAGGACCAACAACUUAUCCGAAUGUUAUUUAUUGAAAUACUUAGUUAUAUUAUUUGUAAGUAUCCAGGCACACUCAUGCUCAUCUAUCAACAAAUCACUCAAUAUGAUAUUAAAAGUGAUGAGCGACGACAAAUUGAACAAGCUAUUCAGGAACUCACAGCGUUUUUGUAUUUUGUGGAAAACAGUAUUGGUUGUUAUACAAAUAUGAUUGCAUCGAAGACUUUCCGCACAGAACUAAAACGUAUUCUUAUAAAAAUCCCUACGUAUUUUCGUUCUUCAGUAGCAUAA